UUCUACAUUGUUUAACGCAGAGAGACAAGGGACGACAACUGGGAGUGACUUUUAUUUCUCCCUAUUCUCUUUGCACACGUAUCUCUUGUUUGUUUUUCAUUGUAGAGAGAUCGGUGAUUUUCAAGCACUGCGAUGACGUCUCGCAGGUGGUUCCACCCCAACAUCACAGGAAUUGAGGCUGAGCAGCUGCUCCUGUCACGAGGGGUGCACGGGAGUUUUCUGGCCCGACCCAGCAAGAGCAACCCUGGGGACUUCACGCUGUCCGUCAGGCGGAAUAACGAGGUCACGCAUAUUAAGAUCCAGAACACGGGAGACUACUAUGACCUGUACGGCGGGGAGAAGUUUGCCACCCUGGCAGAGCUGGUACAGUACUACACCGAGCAGCAGGACCUGCUACGAGAGAGGAAUGGUGACGUCAUCGAGCUGAAGUACCCCCUGAACUGCAAGGACCCCACGUCCGAAAGGUGGUUCCACGGGCAUUUAUCCGGGCGAGAAGCCGAGAAGCUGCUGACAGACAAGGGCAGGUCCGGCAGCUUCUUGGUGCGGGAGAGUCAGAGCAAACCGGGGGACUUCGUGCUGUCCGUCCUCACCCACGAGGAGAAGCACGAAAAUUCAGAGCGCAGAACACGGGUCACGCACGUCAUGAUCCGCUAUCAGGACAGCAAGUAUGAUGUUGGUGGUGGCGAGAGGUUUGACACCCUGGCUGACCUUGUGGAGCACUAUAAAAAAAACCCCAUGGUGGAAAAGAGUGGGAUUGUGGUGCACCUCAAACAGCCUUUCAACGCCACCAGGAUCAACGCAGCUAACAUCGAGAACCGAGUCCGGGAGCUGAACAAAGUGACCGACAACUCAGAGAAGUCCAAGCAAGGUUUCUGGGAGGAGUUUGAGGUUCUGCAGCAACAAGAGUGCAAACUUCUCUAUCCGAGGAAAGAGGGACAGCGCCUGGAAAACAAGAUCAAGAACAGAUACAAGAACAUCCUCCCCUUUGACAACACACGUGUGGUUCUAAAGGAAGUCGACAGAGAUGUCCCUGGCUCAGACUACAUCAAUGCCAACUACAUCGAGAGCAAACCUGAGGAAGGGCACUGUGCUGAUGAGGGCAAAGUCUAUAUCGCCACCCAAGGUUCCCUGCAGAACACAGUCGCAGACUUCUGGGAGAUGGUUUACCAGGAGAACACGCAUGUCAUUGUCAUGACAACCAAGGAGAUGGAGCGUGGCCGGAACAAGUGUGUGCGGUACUGGCCAGACAUUGACUCCACAAAAGAGUUUGGAAAACUGAGCAUUAGGAACACCAGUGAGUGUCCAGCACAGGAUUACAUCUUGAGGGAGCUGGAGAUCACGCGCCUGAACACGUCUGAAGCACCCAGGUACAUCUGGCACUAUCAGUACCUGAGCUGGCCAGAUCAUGGUGUCCCUAACGAACCGGGAGGAGUUCUCAGUUUUCUGGACCAGGUGAACCAAACUCAAAAUGCACUUACGGAGACUGGGCCCAUAGUCGUCCACUGCAGUGCAGGAAUCGGAAGGACAGGAACUAUAAUUGUAAUUGACAUCCUCAUUGACAUCAUUAACAGGCAAGGCCUGGACUGCGAUAUAGACAUCCCGAAGACCAUCCAGAUGGUGCGGAGGCAGCGCUCAGGCAUGGUUCAGACCGAGGCCCAGUACAAGUUCAUCUACAUGGCUGUGCAGCAGUAUAUCGACAGAGCCCAGAAAAGGCUGGAGGAGAAACAGAGAAGUAAAAUGAAAGAGUGGGAGUGUAACGUUAAGUACCCGCAGAUGAGUAAUGCCAAGCUGAAUGCCAACAUGUCCACAGGGCGGCCCUCCUCCUCCGUGAUGAAUGACAGUCCAUCAGGAGUAUAUGAGAACCUGAACAUCAAGAACCCAAAGGCCGCUGGGCACAUCGGUACCCGCAGAUAAGACACAUGACCGCUGUCCGUCUCACGCCUUUACCGCGCUUUCAUAGGUGCUGGUACCUGCCGCAGUGAAGGAUUCCUCACCUGAUGGAUGAUGGUUCCUGUUCUCUGACCUCCAAUAUCGCUGUGAUUUGGAGGAGGAGCAGAGGGUAUCGCCUUGCCCCCCUGCUCAAUCAUGGAAAACAAACAAGAUUUCGUCCAACAACUCAGUCCCUCACUGUCGCUUUUCUGUCGGCCCCUCACGCCAUUGUUAGUGCUGUAACUGGCUUUUAAAUGCAAAUUAAGUGCCUCUCUGAGCAAAGUUCUAAUGACCUUGACCUCAUUAUAGUCCACCCUGAUUGCACCUGUUUCUCCAGCUUGACUCUGACGUCCUCAUCGGAUCAGGAGUGGCUUACAGGCAUUAGGAAGAUGGUGUUACUGACCACCAACAUUUCAUGGAUGGCUACUGGCUUUACUGGUCAUUCUUUUCUUGCUGAAUUUACUACUGUCUAAAUGUAAGAAUAUUUUUGUGUUUAUGUUGAGUAUAUUUUUAAUGUGUCUAGUUUAUCUACGGGAAGCAAAAGGAGUAGCAGACUUCCUCCACUUUGUCUGCUUGGCCUACUGGACAGAUCUGCUAUAACCAAAGACCUCAGACUUGAUGGACUUCCAAAUCUCGCCUAGGAUGUCUGUGUGGAAUCACACUGAUUUGCACUUUUUGUGGGAUGAAUAUUGUUGUAUUGAUAGAGCGUAAUGAAGAUAUUUGUAAUUUUAUUUUGUAACCCUGUAAGGCACUGUAUACGUCGGAGUUUUGGUGUCUUGCCUCACCAAUAUCUCGCCCCCAAAGUGAUAUCCUGUUGCACUCACUGCCUUUGUCACUAAAACCGUCUUUCUGCACCACUGAUACCGACUUCCUGUGCCCCCCCCCCCCCGUGUUUUCAACUUCCUUCCUCUGUGUCAUUGACACUGAUUCACUGUGCAGUACACACCUUCCAUUUGUGUCACUGAUCUAGACUUCCUGAUGCAGACUUUCUGCAUCACUGCAGAAAGCACCGGAUUCGCUUUUCCUUCAUGGAGAAAGUGUAAUCUUUUCAGAAGGGCCUUAGUGAAACUUCCUUGAAUGCAAUUCUCUUCUGGACGUUCCUCGUUAGCUCAGCAUAUAGACAGGCUCAGAAAUUCCGAAUUAAUUCAGUGAUACAGAAAAUGGAUGAAAGCUACGUCAUAAUAGCCAUGGAAAUAUUACAGAUAAUUCAGCAUUUUAAACAUCCAAUGGAAAGCUUGGAAAUUAUUGUAUCUUUGCUACUAAGAGUCUUGCAUACUGAGCAGUAGGGGUUACAUGAGAGAGCAGGAAAUACUGUCUAAUGUCUAAAAUAUGUUACUGCUGCAGGAAACCUGACGAGGGCUGUUUAUCUCUGAGCUUUUGAAGUUGUCGUUCAGAGACCCUUUCAUAGGAAUGACACAUAAUGGAUUAUGUCAUAAUGCUGCAAAUUAUUUAUUAAUCUGCAUUAACUUUACAUCAUAGUUGCAUAAUUUCAAAUGUGAUAUAUAGUUGACAAUAUGCAGGUUGUAUUAUUUAUUUAAAGGAUGAAAAAUAUAUAUGAUCAGUGUUAGAGAAAAUUGUUUUAUUUAUUAAUUUAUGAAUGAAUAGCUUAAUAUUGGUGACAACUACUGCAGUUUUCACUGCUGGGUGUUUUAUGAUCCUGCUUCCUGCCACAGGAAGAUAAAAAUGCUGUGCUUUUAUUUUUAAAUAUGUAUUUUUAUAUAGCUCCUUUUAAAUUGGUUUUAUUCUGUAUCUGAAAGGUUGUUUUUUGACAGUGUCCAGGGGAUGUUGCUGAGCAGUGACUGUAGAUGUGUGUAUAGGAAGAGGCAUCCAUUCUCGUAUACUGAGAAGAUCUUGUAGGGCAAACUUACAUUCAAACAGACUUGCCCUCUUUAUAAAUAAAUAGCGUGACAACGUGAAUUCUCUGCUGUCAGGAAUUAAUUCUACAGACAUUAAUGUCUGGAAGACUUGGAGAGCCGUGAUGGAUGUUGGCCGUCCUAGUUUACAUUGAUUUGACAAUGACGGAGUACUGCUAGGGUGGAACUGAGUAUUGGAUCUGGGUGGAAAUGAUAGGUAAUGACGGAGAUGGCAGUAUUGCACUAUAACUGACACACACAGGAACUUUUUCUGUGUAGCGAAGUCUUUGGGUAAAAUAGUGUAUAAUGAGCACUGUGAGUGAAAGGCAGAGGAUUUCCUGCCUCUGCCACGUAGGAAGAGCUUAUCGGAAUUUUUUUUUUUUUGUUGUUUGUUUUUUUGAUUGAAAACUUCGUAUUUUUGUACUUACUCUCUGGAAUAAUAUGGCUCUGGUGGUAAAUGUGGAAAACCAUAAAUACUUGAAAUGCUGUUUGUAUGGAGCUGUUCAGAAAUAUUUGCGAUGUAAUAACCUUUAGUGACCAGAACGGCAGUGUCUACCAUGAAAGAGAAAUAAUUGAGUAAUCGACUUGGUAUUUGCCUGCCAGUGUCAAUUUUUAGAUAACAUUUCAAAUGUUCAUUGUGUAGUAAAUUAACAUUUUUGUAUUCUUUAGCAAUGUUUUGACUCCAUCCUUGUUUUUAUUGUUAUUACUAUGAUAAUAAUUUUGUUGUUGUUAUUAUUAUUGUUAUUAUUAUUAUUAUUAUGAUGGUAACCUAUUAUAUAUUUGACAAGGACACUGCAUCCAGUGCAGCUACAGUGUCAUUGAAUCUAUCAGUAUGCACUGCAAUCAGAUGCAUUUCUUUUACUCUCCCUGCAUUUCCUUAAUGUUUAAUAGCAUAAUGUUGGUUUUUGUCUUGUCCUUCCUUUUGGUUGCCAUGUGUCUCUUCUGCACUGGGUUAUGCCAGUUGUCCUAUUCAACUGUGUGGCUCAGUCUGCCACCAUGACUAAUACUGCAGUGUUACAGGUCAUGAAAGAAAAUAUUAAAUAAGUAACAUCAAUCAA